CUCUCUCCUAACCUGACUCUCCCUGAUGAGAACCAAUUUGCCUCGGACGGAGUCUGUCCAGUCGACUGUUACGACCAGUUCCUCAUCUACCUGGCCGUCAUGUGCCUUCUAAAGUUCGUCGGGGCCACUGGGCGAUCUACUGAUCUGUUGCUGGUCCUUCGCUGUGUUCCGGCUGAGGACAAAACCAUUGCUCUGGGCAUUGGCAGCAUGCUCUUCUCCGUUUUGAGCUUCAUCCCCAGUCCCAUUGUGUUCGGCUGGAUCCUGGACAGCUAUUGUCUGGUCUGGGGCAAGACCUGCAGCACUAAGGGAAACUGCUGGCUCUACGAUACCAGCUCUUUGAGGUACACAAUGAAUCUAGUGUCCGCAACGCUCAUUUUAGUCGGUAGCUUCUGGCACAUUGCCGUCUGGUAUUAUGCAAAGGAUGUCAAAAUCUUCGACGAUGAGGAGGUAAAAAAAAAUCCACAAAAGGAAGAACCAGAAAUAACGGAGCUGAUGGAAAAACCUAGUAAAAAUGAUAAGAAUUGAGGCAAAAGUAUAUAUACCUAGGAGAAAA